GUUUUCCUCUCCUAAAGCCUGGAAUUUCAGAGGGCGAAAACGGAAGCAGAGCACCCAAGAUGAAGAUGCUGUUAGCCUUUGCAGUCUCGACAUAAGUGCUGGAGUGCAGUGGCACAAUCUCAGCUCGCUACAACCUCUGCUUCCUGGACUCAAGCCUCCCUCAAGUAGCAGGGACUACAGAUGCGUGCCUCCAUGCCAGCUACUUUUUCUAUUUUUUUGUAGAGACAGGCUUUUGGCAUGUUGCCCCGGCUGGUCUUGAACUCUUGGGCUCAAUUAAUCUGCCUGCCUCAGAUUCCCAAAGUGCUGGGAUUAUAGGGGUAAGCCAUCACACCCAGUCUAUUUUUCUUUCUAGAGAAUACAUAAAAUAAUAGCAUAUAUUGCAGUCUUAGGUUUGAUGAAAUACGGUACUUUGAUUACUGAGUUUGUAGUUGAUGGAGGAGAAAACACCACUACUAUCCAAAGUUGGAAUUUACACAUUUUAGGUUCUAAUUUCUCUGAAUAAUGGUUAGUAUAUGAAACACACAUAAAUGAAUACCUUAACUGUAGUCUGAGGGGAAUAAAUAAAUAAAUAUGUGGCCAGGCACAGUGGCUCAUGCCUAUAAUCCCUUUGGGAGUCCAAGGAGGGUGGAUCACAUGAAGCUAGGAUUUUGAGACCAGCCUGGCUCACGUGGUGAAACCCAGUCUUUACUAAAAAUACAAAAAUUAGCCAGGCAUAGUGGUGCACAUCUGUAAUCCCAGCUAUUCGGGAGACUGAGGCAGGAGAAUCACUUGAACCUGAGAGGUGGAGGUUGCAGCGAACAGAGAUCACACCACUGCACUCGAGCCUGAGCCAAAGACUGAGGCUCUGUCACGAAGAAAAAUAAAAUAAAAACUAAAAUUUUAAAAAUUUUAGAAAGUUUUAAAAAUUAAAUAUAACAUAUUUAUUGAAUUCUUAACCCCAAAAUAUGAAAUACUCUCAAACAAAGGCAGACUCUUCAGAAAAGUUCAAAGAUGCUCUAGUAGUACACAGAACAUGUUUUAUUAAUUCUGUGGGCUGAACAAGCCUGCUGAUAGUUAUAAGUUCAAAUUGGAGGAGGUCAGGAUUCUUACUACAAAAUCUUGAGUGAGGUUGAGCGUGAUGGUUCACGCCUAUAAUCGCAGCACUCUGGGAGGCCGAGGUGGGUGGAUCACGAGGUCAAGAGAUCGAGACCAUCCCAGUCAACAUGGUGAAAUCCCAUCUCUACUAAAAAUACAAAAAUUAGCUGGGCAUGGUGGCGUACACCUGUAGUCCCAGCUACUCGGGAGGCUGAGGCAGGAGAAUUGCUUGAACCCAGGAGGUGGACAUUGCGGUGAGCCGAGAUCACGCCAUUUGGGUAACAAGAGCAAAACUUCAUCUAAAAAAAAAAAAAAAAAGCCUCAGGAACAAGAUGGUGAUUCUCUGGAGACUGAGUGCUCUUUCCUGUGCCCAAGGAGGCCGAGCUCUGUUGCUGCGAACUUCAGUGGUCAGACCUGCUCAUAUUUCAGCAUUUCUUCAGGACCAACUUACCCCAGAAUGGUGUGGAAUGCAGCAUAUUCACUUGUCACCGAGUCACCAUUCUGGUUCCAAGGCUGCAUCUCUCCAUUGGACUAGUGAGAGGGUUGUCAGUGUUUUGCUCCUGGGUCUGCUUCCAGCUGCUUAUUUGAAUCCUUGCUCUGCGAUGGACUAUUCUCCGGCUGCAGCUCCCACUCCUCAUGGUCACUGGGGCCUUGGACAAGUUGUUACUGACUAUGGUCAUGGGGAUGCCUCGCAGAAAGCUGCCAAGGCAGGGCUUUUGGCACUUUCAGCUUUAACCUUUGCUGGGCUUUGCUAUUUCAACUAUCACGAUGUGGGCAUCUGUAAAGCUGUUGCCAUGCUGUGGAAGCUCUGACCUUUUUCACUUCAUACUUUGAAGAAUUGAUGUAUGCCUCUUUGCCUCUGCUUUGUUAUGUCAUUCAGCUCACAGUAAGGAAGAAAUAACAGAUAAGACUACUGGUGGACAGGCUUCUUCUCUUAAUCCUUGAGGAAAAGGUUUGAGAGGAAUUAUGUCUAAGAAAUUGUGAGACGGAGUUCUGUAUUCUGGUUUGUAAAUGGGGUUGCCUCCCAGCUUCUCAUAAGACUCACAGUAUAACUAAACAUGAUAUAUGAGCUUUUGCCUUUUAAUUUAUCAAUCUCUUAAAGAGAAUCCAGCUUUAUUACUAUUAAUAUAUGAUCAAACUUCUUUUUUGCCUUGGAAAUAAUGGACAAAGGGAAAUACCGUUAAUUCAUGAAUAAAAACUUUACAGAAAAUUAGACAGUGUUUAAUUUUUGAAAACUGUCCUCUCUAUUCUGUAGAUACCACCUACUGAUGGAAACAUAUGCUAGGUAAAUUUUUUAAUUUGGAAAUGCUGGUAUCUCACAUUAUAAAUUUCUAAAUCCUAGGAAGAAAAGCUUAUAGUGCUUCUGAAUAUAGAGAAGUUCCAUUUAAGGGCAAAGUUCCCCUUGUAGACAUAUCAAAAUAUUACAGAUUCUAAAUUGAGAGUUAAUUCUUAAAUGUGUUCUACGUGUUCUAAAACAAUCUGUCCACAAAUAUAAAACUCUAAGUAAUAAAUUGUUAUUUUCACACUAUGGGAAUCUCUAAUGUGAAAAUAUAUUCUAUGAAAAUAAUUUUUUAAAAAAAUAAAAUGUAUAAUAAAAA